AUGAGACUUACUAUGAACCUUUCGGAAUUAUGUAUAAAAAUCAAAUUGUUUGUGAAGAACCUUAAUCUAUUUCCGUCUGUACCACCAUCAACUGAUGAACAUGAUCUAAAAAAUCAGCGCAUCUCUACACGACUAUUUAUUCUCCUUCUCGUCAUAUCAUUAACCAUUCUACUUCUCUACAACUCACUAGUCACCAUUACACAAACUGUCUACAUCAACUCGCCAUCCCUUCACGAAUACUCCUCCUAUUAUUCAUCGUAUCCACAAACACUUUCUUGUGCAUGCACACAAAUAUCAAUCAGUUAUGAGACUUUCAUUAAAAUAAAAUACUCAUUCCACCAGGUAUGUAGCAGCUUUCUCGUCACUCAACAAUGGAUCGACUAUCUUGCUACUUUUCGCACAAAUUCCACAACACACUUGGAUGAUUUUCGACUAGUUAGCACAUCAAUGUUUGAAGGACUGAGCUCAUUCUGCUACUUAGUCACUGCGACGAUUCGGAAUAGAUUAUCUCAAUUCUAUACCACUCGAUAUGUAAGUGGAACUGUUACGCCAAUGAAAGUGCUGUAUUCUCAAGCUCAAGCAUUCACUUCACAGUUCAUCUUAUCGACGACUAACGACUUUCGGUUGUCACUUAUCACAAUCAGAAAUGCAACCAAAAGUAAUGCUUUACUUUCUGGGCAAUUUACUAAUUAUUAUUUGCUGGGCAGCGAACGAUCAUAUUCUCACGCAGCGUCCAUUGUCUCCAAAUAUAAUGAUUGUGAUUGUGGGUCUUCAUCCCAGUGUGCUUAUCAGUCCCGAAUAUAUAUUAACUCGUCUGAUCUUGUAUCACUCUAUGUAUCGGGCAUGUAUACGGGAUGUUUUCUAGUGGAAGCAUUACUUCAAUCAGAUCUUCGAUGUUUUUAUAACGGAACUUGUAUUGACGACGUAAAAUCCUAUUUUAUGUCUCAUUUAUCAAUAGAUUCCGAGCCCCUGCAUCUAUCAUUAUUAGUUCGGUUUACUGCAAACUCGACGAUCGAACAGCUCCUUGAUCAACUAAUGGUCGAACAAUGGAAUGACUCGACACAGUACGAGAACUAUUACAAUGCAUGCAAUCCAUCAAUCUGUACCUAUACUGUUGAAACGAAGAACGGUACAGUUUACAUAGUUACAACAAUCAUCGGACUAUUAGGUGGUUUGAUUACAGUGUUGAAACUGAUUGUACCACGAGCAGUGAUGCUCCUGCGAAGGAAAAAGCAAGCAAGAACAUUGAAUACGAGACUUGAUACACAGCAAAUACAUGUCUUUAUGUGCACAGUAAAAAAGUAUGUUUGUACGUACAACUUGUUCCCGUCUGUACCACCAUCAACUGAUGAGCAUGAUCUAAAAAAUCAGCGCAUCUCUACACGACUAUUCAUUCUCCUUCUCGUCAUAUCAUUAACCAUUCUACUUCUCUACAACUCAUUAGUCACCAUUACACAAACUGUCUACAUCAACUCGCCAUCCCUUCACGAAUAUUCCUCCUACUAUUCAUCGUAUCCACAAACACUUUCUUGUGCAUGCACACAAAUAUCAAUCAGUUAUGAGACUUUCAUUAAAAUAAAAUACUCAUUCCACCAGGUAUGUAGCAGCUUUCUCGUCACUCAACAAUGGAUCGACUAUCUUGCUACUUUUCGCACAAAUUCCACAACACACUUGGAUGAUUUUCGACUAGUUAGCACAUCAAUGUUUGAAGGACUGAGCUCAUUCUGCUACUUAGUCACUGCGACGAUUCGGAAUAGAUUAUCUCAAUUCUAUACCACUCGAUAUGUAAGUGGAACUGUUACGCCAAUGAAAGUGCUGUAUUCUCAAGGUAAAGCAUUCACUUCACAGUUCAUCGUAUCGACGACCGACGACUUUCGGUUGUCACUUACCACAAUCAGAAAUACCACGCAGAGCAACGGUUUAGUUACUGCUCUACAGACGAAUUAUGAAUUUUUCCGAAGGGUCGACGAAUAUAUAGUGGCGCGGUCAGUAUUGUAUGAGGAAUGUGAUUGUGGAUCUACACCUUUGUGUAGUUUUCAGUCUGUAAUUUAUCAUGGUUCAACUGAUACAGUAUCAUUCUAUGUGCCCGGUAUUUAUACAGCAUGUUAUCCGAUCGAGGCACUACUUCAGUCUGAUCUUCGAUGUUUUUAUGACUACGAUUGUAUCAAUUCCAUAUUAUCAAGUAUAUCCUAUGGCAUCCCAAUGUUUUGGAAUCUGACGGCCAUGCGUCCAUCGUUAUUAGUUCGGUUUACUGCAAACUCGACGAUCGAACAGCUCCUUGAUGAACUAAUGGUUGAACAAUGGAAUGACUCGACACAAUACGAGAACUAUUACAAUGCAUGCAAUCCAUCAAUCUGUACCUAUACUGUUGAAACGAAGAACGGUGCAGUUUACAUAGUUACAACAAUCAUCGGACUAUUGGGCGGUUUGAUUACAGUGUUGAAACUGACUGUACCACGAGCAGUGAAGCUUGUAUGUAGUAGCUUUUUCGUCAGCGAAGAGUGGCUCAAAAACUACAUUGGCUUCAAUUAUUUUGUUGUUGGUGAGUUCAUAUUCGACGACUUUCGAUUGAUCGGCACAUGGCUAUUUCAAGUUUUGGCAUCAUUUUGCCAGUUAAUCAACAUGACGAUAAGCAAUCGGCUGGCCCAGUUUUACACUACUCAAUAUGUUAGUGGAACUGUUACACCAAUGAAAGUGUUGUAUUCUCAAACCAAAUUAUUUACCUCACAAUUUAUCUCAUCAACAACCAAUGAAUUCAUCCUAUCACUUUCAACAAUAAGAAAUACGACACAAAGUAACGCUUUAAUCUCCGGUCAACUGACUAAUUAUCAACUGUUGACAAAAACUGGAUCUACUCCAUUACAGUCACUGCCACGAUCCUAUGGUAACUGUAGCUGCGUUGUAUCAAGUCAUUGUGGUUAUGAAUCCGGAAUUCAUUCCGUCUUGACUGAUACAGUAUCAUUCUAUGUGCCCGGUAUUUAUACAGCAUGUUAUCCGAUCGAGGCACUACUUCAGUCUGAUCUUCGAUGUUUUUAUGACUACGAUUGUAUCAAUUCCAUAUUAUCAAGUAUAUCCUAUGGCAUCCCAAUGUUUUGGAAUCUGACGGCCAUGCGUCCAUCGUUAUUAGUUCGGUUUACUGCAAACUCGACGAUCGAACAGCUCCUUGAUGAACUAAUGGUUGAACAAUGGAAUGACUCGACACAAUACGAGAACUAUUACAAUGCAUGCAAUCCAUCAAUCUGUACCUAUACUGUUGAAACGAAGAACGGUGCAGUUUACAUAGUUACAACAAUCAUCGGACUAUUGGGCGGUUUGAUUACAGUGUUGAAACUGAUUGUACCACGAGCAGUGAAGUUCAGUGUUUUUUGUAUGGUAAAAUACCGAAGUAGAGGCUCUAGAAUAACACCGAGUCAGUAA